AAGGCCUUUGAGCCCUACUUAGAGAUUUUGGAAGUAUAUUCCACGAAAGCCAAGAAUUAUGUAAAUGGGCAUUGCACCAAAUAUGAGCCCUGGCAGCUAAUUGCAUGGAGUGUCAUGUGGACCCUGCUGAUAGUCUGGGUAUAUGAAUUUAUCUUCCAACCAGAGAGUUUAUGGUCCAGGUUUAAAAAGAAAUUUUUUAAGCUUAGUAGGAAGAUGCCUUUUGUUGGUCGAAAGGUGCAAGACCAGUUGAACAAGAUCAAGGAUGAUAUUAGCAAGAACUUGUCAUUCCUGAAAGUGGACAAAGACUAUGUGAAAGCUUUGCCUUCCCAGGGUCUGAACCCAUCUGCAGUUCUGGAGAAACUCAAGGAGUACAGCUCUAUGGAUGUCUUCUGGCAGGAAGGAAGAGCCUCUGGGGCCGUGUACAAUGGGGAGGAGAAGCUCACCGAGCUCCUGGUGAAGGCUUAUGGAAAUUUUGCAUGGAGUAACCCCCUGCAUCCAGAUAUCUUCCCAGGACUACGUAAGAUAGAGGCAGAAAUUGUGAGGAUGGCUUGUUCCCUGUUCAAUGGAGGACCAGAUUCCUGUGGAUGUGUGACCUCUGGGGGGACAGAAAGCAUAUUGAUGGCCUGCAAAGCAUAUCGGGACCUGGCCUUAGAGAAGGGAAUCACAACUCCAGAAAUUGUGGCUCCCAGAAGUGCCCAUGCUGCAUUUGACAAAGCAGCCAAUUAUUUUGGGAUGAGAAUUGUGCGGGUCCCCCUGACCAAGACGAUGGAGGUGGAUUUACGGGCAAUGAGAAGAGCCAUCUCUAGGAACACUGCCAUGCUCGUCUGUUCUGCCCCACAGUAUCCUCAUGGUGUGAUAGAUCCUGUCCCUGAAGUGGCCAAGCUGGCUGUCAAAUACAAAGUACCUCUUCAUGUAGAUGCUUGUCUAGGGGGCUUCCUCAUUGUCUUUAUGGAGAAAGCAGGAUACCCACUGGAGCAACCAUUUGAUUUCCGGGUGAAAGGUGUGACCAGCAUUUCAGCUGAUACCCAUAAGUAUGGCUAUGCCCCCAAAGGCUCUUCAGUGGUGUUGUACAGUGACAAGAAGUACAGGAGCUAUCAGUUCUUCGUUGCAACAGAUUGGCAGGGUGGCAUCUAUGCUUCCCCGACCAUCGCAGGCUCACGGCCUGGCGGCAUUAGUGCAGCCUGCUGGGCUGCCUUGAUGUACUUCGGUGAGAACGGCUAUGUUGAAGCUACCAAACAGAUCAUCAAAACUGCUCGCUUCCUCAAGUCAGAACUAGAAAAUAUCAAAGGCAUCUUUGUUUUUGGGAAUCCCCAGUUGUCCGUCAUUGCUUUGGGCUCCCAUGAUUUUGACAUCUUCCGACUAUUUAACCUGAUGACCGCUAAGGGGUGGAACUUGAACCAGUUGCAAUUCCCAUCUAGUAUUCAUAUCUGCAUCACAUUGGUACACGCUCGGAAACGAGUAGCCAUACAAUUCCUGAAGGAUGUCCGGGAAUCCAUCACUCAAAUCAUGAAGAAUCCUAAAGCGAAGACCACAGGAAUGGGUGCCAUCUAUGGCAUGGCCCAGACAACCGUUGACAGGAAUAUGGUUGCAGAACUAUCCUCAGUCUUCCUGGACAGCUUGUACAGCACAGACACUGUCACCCAGGGAAGCCAGAUGAAUGGUUCUCCAAAACCCCACUGAGCUUGCAUCCUUUCUAGUCACAAGGGGCGUCUGGCCUUCAGAAGGUUCUCGGGAUACGACCAGGCCACGCACAACUUUGACAUGCGGUCUUGCUCCACAGAGCACAAGAGAGACCAUCAGAUAGCUUGAGGCUCAGGAUUCACGUCCACCUUUUGUCAUCCUUAUGUGGUUUUUAACUUGAAGACCUUGAAGGAUUCCAUUAUGUAAUGAUUUUGCCCUUGUCAUAAAUGUUGCCCUAGGAAUUGUUUUAACCAUUUCCUUUUCUAACUGCUCUAGCUUUCACCUUCACUUGAUCAUUGUGUGGCAGCUCUGA